AUGCUACCACAGGUUGAAGUUGGUCAGGUAGAUGCUCAUCAUACUGAUGUUAUGAUCUAUGGAGGCAAGAUAAGCGUGAGGCCUACCCACGAAGAGCCUCGGCCCCCUAGGCCUAAUAAAAGGCCGUCUCAACCACUUAACCUCACAGAUGAUACGGCUCUUUGUGAAAUAGGCACAGGCCCGCCACCCAAAGUCCCCAGGGCAGCCGCCCCUCAACUUGAAGGCCCUCAACCAGCACCUGAUCCAGCUCCGCAGGGAGGACUGCCGCGGCAAGAGCUGCCGACAGAAGCGCCGUGGGUGAGGGUCUAUCCGCCUGAGCCGGCAGUGGACGAUGAAAGUGACCUCGAAGACCUUUAUGACUAUUCAUCGGGCAGUGGUGAGGAGUACGAGCCAGACUCGGAGGACCUCGAUACGACUGACAGGGAAGACAUUUCAGAUGAGACGGCUCUUUGUGAAAUAGGCACAGGCCCGCCACCCAAAGUCCCCAGGGCAGCCGCCCCUCAACUUGAAGGCCCUCAACCAGCACCUGAUCCAGCUCCGCAGGGAGGACUGCCGCGGCAAGAGCUGCCGACAGAAGCGCCGUGGGUGAGGGUCUAUCCGCCUGAGCCGGCAGUGGACAUCCGGAAUUUCCAGCCCCGCCCCCAGAGAUCCAGUCCAAUCCCCCACCUACUAAACCCCCCACCCCCAGUGUUUCCUGCUAACGAUGGCCAGGUCGCAGGGCCAAGUAGAGGGAUUGCGUAUGAGGCCUACAGGGCUAAAGUGUUGAACAAAAAAAGUGCCCCCGUUACCCCUCCGUCUGAGAGGCCAGCUCCCCUGCGUGAAAACCUUCGACCUAAUAGGCAUGAACUGUAUAAAGCGAUCUCUUCUAUGGUGCAGGAUGAAGGUGACCUCGAAGACCUUUAUGACUAA